CCAAUUUAUUUAGUAGAUCUACAGAAGCUCUGAAAACUAUACAAAAUGAAAUUAGCAGCAGUACUUUGCGUAUUUCUCGCUCUCUUUGGCCUAUCUUUUGCUCUCAAGGAUUCCAUUUGUGGUCUGCCACCAGCAGGUGAUGGCAACGGCUUGAUGAGGUGCUUUGCGUUAAUGCCCAGCUGGACCUACUUCCCUGAGGACAAUUCAUGCAAGGAGUUUAUCUAUGGAGGCUGUGGCGGCAAUGCUAAUCGUUUCGGGACUCAGCAAGAGUGCGAAUCCAAGUGCAAGGAGUAGACUUACGUAAAGUAAGCUUGUGAUCUGAAUAAAUCAAAUUGUUGUAUCAAA